UUUUUUUUAUUGGGGGGGUGGGGAAUGUGUCUAGUUGUCGUAUCUAACUGUGCCUGUAAAUCACCUUGAACAGUCUGAAAUCUGGAACCGAAAAACCUCAAAGUGCAGAAGUACGAUCUUCUCUGCCGCAGAAAAGGCCAACAUGCUGCAGUGGCAGGUCUUCGAUGUUUCAGAGCGUUAAGAGCCUCUCACUGUGCGCACUGGACACAGUCCGUGUGUCUCUGUUACACAAUGACAGCGCGUGGCCCCUGUAUGCCGGCAUUAUUGUUAAUUCUGAUUCACAUUAUGCCAGUUGCUGAGAGCUCUGAGAUGAUCACCGGAUUUGUUGGGUAUAACGUGACCCUGCCGUGCUCCUACGAUGCACGGAAUUACGGGCAACAUGAUAUGUGCUGGGGAAGAGGUGAAAUACCCCUUACUGGCGGCUGUGACAAUGAAAUCAUCGCAACAGAUGGAUUUAAAGUGACACGGAGAAAAUCACACAGGUAUCAGUUAAUCGGUGACCUGAAUCAGGGUGACGUAUCUCUGACCAUCAUCGAUGCUGAGAUGGGAGAUUCUGGGAUAUACGGCUGCCGUGUGCAAAUACGAGGACUAUUUAAUGAUCUGAAAACCAAAGUUACCUUGACUAUACAGAGUGCUGAGAGCUCUGAGAUGAUCACCGGAUUUGUUGGGUAUAGCGUGACCCUGCCGUGCUCCUACGAUGCAUGGAAUUACAGGGAAUUUCAUUUGUGCUGGGGGAGAGAUGAAAUACCUGAAAGUGGCUGUAAGAAUGAAAUCAUCGUGAGAGAUAGACGUAAAGUGACACAGAGAAAAUCACACAGGUAUCAGUUAAUCGGUGACCUGAAACAGGGUGACGCAUCUCUGACCAUCAUCAAUGCUGAGAUGGGAGAUUCUGGGAUAUACGGCUGUCAUGUGAAAAUACCCGGACCAUUUAAUGAUGUGAAAACCAAAGUUACCUUGACUAUACAGAGUGCUGAGAGCUCUGAGAUGAUCACCGGAUUUGUUGGGUAUAACGUGACCCUGCCGUGCUCCUACGAUGCAUGGAUUUACAGGGAAUUUCGUUUGUGCUGGGGGAGAGAUGAAAUACCUGAAAGUGGCUGUAAGAAUGAAAUCAUCGUGAGAGAUAGACAUAAAGUGACACAGAGAAAAUCACACAGGUAUCAGUUAAUCGGUGACCUGAAUCAGGGUGACGCAUCUCUGACCAUCAUCAAUGCUGAGAUGGGAGAUUCUGGGAUAUACGGCUGUCUUGUGGAAUUACCCGGACCAUCUAAUGAUGUGAAAACCAAAGUUACCUUGACUAUACAGAUUGCUGAGAGCUCAGAGAUGAUCACCGGAUUUGUUGGGUAUAACGUGACCCUGCCGUGCUCCUACGAUGCAAAGAAAUCCGGGCAACAUGAUAUGUGCUGGAGGAGAGGUGAAAUACCUCUUACUGGCGGCUGUGGCAAUGAAAUCAUCGCGACAGAUGGAUUUAAUGUGACAUGGAGAAAAUCACACAGGUAUCAGUUAAUCGGUGACCUGAAUCAGGGUGACGUAUCUCUGACCAUCAUCGAUGCUGAGGUGGGAGAUUCUGGGAUAUACGGCUGUCGUGUGCAAAUAUCAGGAUGGUUUAAUGAUCAGAAAACUCAAGUUACCUUGACUAUUCAGACAGAUAUUCGCAAAUCCACUGUAACACCCACCAUUGCAGCCAGUUCAACGACACAGACUGCGAUCAGUGUUACUUCGGGUUACUAUGGUAAUUAUUCUACAGGGAGUUCCGCUGCAAACACUCCUCAAGGCAGCGCUCAUGCAGACAGAUCCUUCCUCAUCAUUGUACCUGUAGCAGUGAUCCUGCUGUUGCUGCUGCUGCUGGUCCUGGUGACAGGUCUCUGGUUACAUAAACGAAAACAGCAGAGAGAAGCGAGAUCUGCGCCUGAAGUGGAACAUCAGGCACAUACCUCAGUGCAUUAUGGGAACGUGGGUGCCCACAUUGGGUUCCACACCAGAGAGAUGGCCACAGAGAACAUAUAUGAAGAAAGGGAUUUUGGCGACUACGAAUCCUGCCCUUAAUGCCUCUUAAACUAAACCUGCCAUCUCUACUUAUGCCGCAUCUCUACAGUGGGUGGAAAUGUAUCAAUAGUUGGUGGAAAAGUUGGCUGAUUUUUAUUUUUCUUUUCUGAUAUCUUUCAGAAACGCUGUAUAUUUUAUAAAAAUAAAUUUUCAAUAUUCAAGAAGAGUCCAGAACUUUUUUCAUUGUGUGGAACAGCAACACAGAACAUCAUCUCCCAAGCAGCGUCAGCAUCAUACAAGAAUUAAUUAUACAUAAAUGUAAAUUAAUGCUUUUCCAUUACUUGCCUGUUGUAUGCAUCCAUAUAACUGAAGAAUGUGGCUAUUAAAGUGUUA